UCCUUUUUAAUGAUACCAGACUGUUGCUUCAGCAUAUUAUUAACAUUAUUUGGUUGGCUGCAUGUGGUUGGCUGAUUGCUUAGUGAUUUGUGUUUUAUGUAUGAAAUGCUAACUUCCUUUUUGAGGAUACAUGCUGACACCAGAAGGCAAGGAAGCAGCACGUGAAUGCCUCAUGAAAUCUAAACUGGAAGACCCCUUAGAAAAUAUGGUUGAUGUGGAAAGGGUUUCACAACCAGACGCGCAAAAUGCAUCUGUUCAGGAGUUAUGCGAUUCUGAUUUGUGUACAGAAGAGACAACUGAAAAAGCUGUUUUUCAGUCGAAAAAAUCCAUUGAUGUUCCUUUUGAUUGUCUUGAAAGGUGUACUCACAUGGAGUACUCGAAGGAACAAGUUCUUUCUGCUUUUGCUGAAGUCUCUGAAACUUCGAAGAACAAGGAGAUUUCUUCACUUUUGCCAGCAGUCUUGUGUCGUCUUCGAGAAGAUUAAGUUUAUGAGGCCAAGUUCAAAUGAUCUAACAGCAGAUAUGGAUGUCUUAAGCAUUCCGCCUCUGAGCUUUGGGGAGAGGUUUGAGGAUGUAUAUGAAGUAAUCUUAAUAUUAGAUGAUCGAGAGCAAUUUACCAGUCAAGGUGCACGGUCCAAGAAAAUGUUGGAGAAGAUUUGCGCAGAAUUCAAAAUCAAAAUAAAUUUGACAUAUGAAUUCUUGAUUACGGAUGAUGAGAUGCUUAGACGGAUCAACUCACCAUCCAUGUCUAAGAACCUCAACACCGAUCGAUCACAGAGAGUCUUGCAGAUGAACCAACGUACAUUAGGAGAGUGGCUUAAGAAAGAGCCAAUCCGUGCAUAUAGCCCGAGUUCUGACUUGUCGUCACCAUCACCGUUAUCCCCGCUUACCCUGGCCCCUGCACCGAAAAUGGUGAACUUUCUAUCUGCCCUUCGGGGACUGUCACCGAAAUUGAUAGUUAUAACCGAGCAGGAAUCCAAACAUAACGGCUCUACUCUAAUGGAGAGGGUAAUGGAAGCAUUGAAUUUCUAUGCUGCACUCUUCGAUUGCUUAGAGUCUACGGUAUCGAGAGCUCCGAUAGAGCGACAAAAGGUCGAGAAGAUGCUUUUCGGGGAGGAAUUAAGAACAUCAUAGCUUGCGAAGGUGUUGAGAGAAAGAAGAGACAUGAAAAGGUUGAGAAAUGGAUUCUGAGAUUCGAGUUGGCAGGGGUUCGAAAGGGUGCCAUUAAGCUACCAUGGCAUGUUGCAGGCGGGACGAUUGUUGCAGACCAAUAACUAUGAUGGUUAUAAAAUCAAAGAGGAUAAUGGACGUGUGGUAAUCUGCUGGCAAGAAAGACCUCUGUAUUCAAUGUCAGCCUGGGGGGUUAGACCCUAAAACUUUUAAGAUAUUUAGUUUUUACACAUUCUUUGUGUGCGCUUGUUUCCUACUUUAUCUUGUUCGUGUCUCUGUAAAGAAUAUCAGGUUUUUCUCUGCGUUCUCAUAAUGUUGUUAUGAAAA